CUUGUUCCAGAUCCUUCCACCACCAAAAUAUCCAUCUAGACUUCAACCUCCACAACUUUCCACGCAGACCUUCUUCUUCUUAAUUUAUCUCUUGGAUCUCAUUAUCUCUCAAAUCACAACUAAACCCUCAUCUUAAUCUCUUCUUUUGUUCCCAUCAAUGGCGAAGUACGGCGAAGGCGACAAGCGAUGGAUUGUGGAGGAAAGAGCCGACGGUGCUAAUGUCCAUAACUGGCACUGGGCGGAAACCGAUUGCCUCCCCUGGUCCAAAACUUUCUUCACCAAAUCGCUCUCCGAUCUCCCCAUCCUCACCGGCGAAGGCAACCUCUACAUCAAGACCAAGAGCGUCGAUAUGGUCGACGGCGAAGCUUAUGUCAAUAUUCGCAAGGGUAAAAUCAUUCCCGGAUACGAGAUCAGUUUGAAUUUAUCUUGGGAAGGCGAAGUCAAAGAUGGGGAGGGCAAGACCUUGUUGAAAGCCGAAGGUAAUGUUGAGAUUCCGUAUAUUGCCGAUGAGAACGCCGACGAGGAUCCGGAAGUUAGGGUUACGGUUAAAGACGAAGGACCCAUCGGUAAAACGUUGAAGGAAGCGAUGUUGGCUAAAGGGAAGCCUUUGGCUUUGGAGAAAGUGAGGGAUUAUGUUAAAGCUAUGGCGAGAGGUGGACCCGUUAAAGAUGAAGUGGAAGCUAAGGAAUUGGCUCCCAAAAGUAAUAGUAGUAGUAACAGUAGUUUGGGGGUGGUGUCUAAGGAGAAAGUUGGGGUGGAGAAGGAAUCGAAGAAGGAAGGGAAGAAAGGGUUUAAGACGAUUACGAUGUCAGAGAAGUUUAAUUGUAGAGCGAAAGACAUGUUUGAGAUUUUGAUGGAUGAGAAUAGAUGGAAAGGGUUUACUCAGAGUAAUGCUAGGAUAAGCAAAGAAGUUGGCGGCCAGUUUAGUAUUUUUGAUGGAUCGGUUACUGGAGUUAACAUGGAGUUGCAAGAAGGGAAGUUGAUUGCUCAGAGAUGGAGAUUUGGGAGUUGGCCGGAUGGUGUUGAUUCUACGGUAAGACUUGUUUUUGAUGAGCCCGAGCCUGGUGUUACUAUAAUCAAACUCACGCAUUCAGAUGUUCCUGAGGAGGAUAGAUAUGGGAAUGCAACUGUGGUGGAGAACACUGAGAGAGGAUGGAGGGACCUUAUUUUCAAUAAGGUACGAGCAGUGUUUGGUUUCGGAAUAUGAUUUAUUUCAUACCUAAAGCAGGAAAUGUUCUUUUUUUUUGUUGGUUUCGAAUUGUUAGACCUUUAUGAAAUCUUCUUUCAGCUAUUAUUAAUAUGACUGCAAGUUCAAUCUUGGUGUACUGGUUCAUUCUUUUUGAAAGUUGAAACUUGUACCAAGUAUCAUUGCUGUCUUGUUUGCCAAUAUCCAAACUAUUUCUUUGAACUAAUGAUACUGAUGAAAAUAUUGCCUUGAUUUUUA